AUGCCAACAAUGUCCUGGAAUCGCGUGGAGGGGUUUGAGGGAAAUGAGGCGCGCCUUGGGUCCCGAACAGCUUCUGAGGCGCAGCCGGUGCUCCCGGUGCUUACUGAUAAUGAGUAUCAAUACAGUGACUACUACCAACCAAACACCAGCUCCACCGACGAAGACUGGAACAUGUUUGACCUGCAGCCAAACAGCUUGAAUAAGAAGAAACGUCUCGGAGUUAUCCUGCCAGAUUCACGAUUUCGGAAGAUAUGGGUAAACGUACAGCUUUUCGUGGUGCUCUACAUCAUUUGGGUUACUCCCGUUCGCGUGGGCUUUAACAAGCCUGCGAGCGGCUUCUGGUUCUGGCUGGAGGGGUUGAUCGACCUCUUCUUCUACACUGACCUGGUCCUGAACUUCUUGACUGCAUACGAGCAUCCGGUGACCGGCGAGCUGAUUACUAACCAUCGAAAGAUUGCCGUGCGCUAUCUGAAAACCUGGUUUGUCAUCGACCUGCUGGCCACCUUUCCCUCCGACUACGUGGUGCGUGGUAUCGAGUUGGACCCUCGCGUCCGGCAUGGCACCUGGACUUGCAGCAUCAUGAACAAUUGCGACCUGGUGGUGCCUAGCGACUCGGCCGCCAGCCUAGUUGUAAUGCUCCGGUUGCUUAGAUUCUUCCGCAUCCUCUGGAUUUUCAAGAACUUUAACGUGCUGUCCAUCAGCACAGUGCUUGGUCGCCUGCAGGACGAGUUUUAUGCUGCUCGGUGGGUGCUGUCCAUAUUGGAGCUGCUCAUCGUGCUCGUCUACCUAGGACACUUGUCGGGCUGCUUCUUCUACCUGUUCUCCGGGCCACAAUGGUGGACAAACGAGGAGAAGUUGUUGAUUAACGGGGGCGAGCUAUCCACCUGGGUCUUUGACAAGAUGGGCGGGUACUAUACAGUAAUGAUGCCCACUGCCAGCGCGGCCCAGCCCGACCCCACUCAGCAGAACAGCCUCCAAGACCCCUCCAGCAGCCAGUGGUACACCUGCCCCGAGUACUUCACUCUCGUGCAGUGCCCCAAGUGCGAGUCGCUGCCGCUGCGUUGCAAGAGCGACUUUGGCUUCCCAUACAGGUACAUUACGGCCAUGUACUGGGCAUAUACCACCAUGACGACUGUAGGCUAUGGAGACAUCUACGGGACGACCAUCGCCGAGAAGGUGUGGUGCAUGAUUACCAUGGUCAUCGGCGGCUUCUUCUUGUCGUUCUGCUUUGGCCGGAUGGCAUCAAUUGUCAGUCGCCUGGACGCAGACAAGGUGGCGCGGGGUGAGCAGCUACACGAGCUCUCCGCGUUCAUGAAGGACGUGGAGCUGCCCAGGCCGCUGGCCCGCAAGGUGCUGGAGUAUAAUAAGAAGCAGAAGGUCCGCGCCUACGACCGGCAAGCGGUGCUGUCGAGGCUGCCGUUCGAGCUACGAGCCAAGAUCCUGCGCCACCUGUACUUGCCGACAGUGGCUAGAGUGCCGCUGCUGCAGUCCAUGGCUGAGGACGACGUCUUCCUCACCGACUUGUGCGUGCGGCUGCAGCCUACGCACUUUUCCGCAGACACGUUUGUGUACAUGCGCGGAGAGAACGGCGCGGACGUGUACAUCCUAUUACAGGGCGAGCUGCAGGUGCUCGCGGAGCCAAGCGCCCUGCUGUACAGCAUCCCGGAAGGCACCAUUUUCGGUGAGGGCUCCGUGCUGCGGCAGCUGUUCAACCAGGAAAGCGGCAAGGUGAAGCGGCGUGAGAACGUCUUUUGCAAGACCCCCUGUGACAUGCUGCGCAUCCCUGAGGAGGACAUCAAGGACCUGUGUGAACACUACCCGGAGCUUCUCAGGGGCCUUCGCAAGCUGGACGUGCUGCGGCAAGCUCGUACCCAGGAGCGGCUGGCCGCCAUCAAGGAGCAGCUGGAAAGUUCGCGACACAGCGCCGGAGCGACGGAGCGCGAGACCUCCUCGCUGCUGGCAGGAAAGCACCCUGGCUCCUUUAGCUCCAUGCCAGCCAACGGAAACAGCGCGGGCAGCGGCAGCGGGAUGGUGUCAGCGGCAGUCGCAGCGAGGGCGGGCGGCAACGUGGGGUCGGGGGCAGGGGCCGCGGCCGCCGCGGCUGGAGGCUUGAUGGCGCCACCGGCUGGGAAGGCCACGGACCCACUGCGGACGCAUGGAGGCCCACCUUCGUGA